AUGCGUACUGGAUAUGCUCUUCUCCCUCUCGGGUCCCUCCUCAUCCCUCUGGCUAGGGCCGACUAUUUCUUCAAAACGUCGUACACCGGGCGCGACUUCCUCGAGCACUGGACUUGGCAGACCCUAGAUGACCCCACACACGGACGCGUCGACUACGUUGACCAAGCUACUGCAUUACAACGCAACCUCUCGUUCGCGUCCGACAGCAAGUUCGUGAUGCGCGCCGAUUCAAUCAACGUUGUGCCCGCAUCCGCGCCCCGAGGACGGAGCAGCGUACGCAUCCAAUCCGUCGAGGCGUUUUCCGAAGCGGUGAUCAUCCUUGACCUGCAACACAUGCCCGAGGGAUGCGCGACUUGGCCCGCUUUCUGGUCCUUGAGCCAGGCAGGACCAUGGCCAAAAGGAGGCGAGAUCGAUAUCAUUGAAGGCGUCAACCUGAGCGACGAGAAUCUCUCGUCCCUCCACACGUCCCCGAGCUGCACGAUGGCGCCGCGCCGUAGGAUGUCCGGAAUCGCGUCCUCCCUCGACUGCGACACCAACGUCAACUCCAACCAAGGCUGCGGCGUGCAGUACGCCGACCCGCUUUCGUACGGCGCGCUCUUCAAUCAAUACGACGGAGGGUACUACGUGAUCGUGCGCACCAAGUACGAGGGCGUCAGCGUCUGGUUCUGGAACCGCUGGGACCCCGCCGUGCCCUGGGAGGUGAAGCUCCCGCCGACGACGGACCUGUUCGGGCCCGCGAGGGUGUUCCCCACCGCGCUGUGGGGCGUGCCGGAUGCGAAGUUCGAGUUCGGGAGCAAUUGCGACUACGAGGAGCACUUCGACGCGCACAACCUGAUCUUCGACUUGACGUUCUGUGGCGACUGGGCAGGAAACACCUACGCGACUUCUGGCUGUCCGGGUACAAGCUGCGUUGACUACGUGAACAACAACCCGGCGGCGUUCCAGAACGCGUACUGGGAGGUCAACGCGAUGCACAUAUACACGCGUCUAGGCGCAUGAAUCACUCGUGGAUGUCCGUGAACUGUAUACUAUUGUCAUGCUCACCCUAUCGCAACCCGAUUGAUGUCCUAUUAAUUCUGUUUUGUAAAUGAUUCUAGAAUACUUCUCAAGGGAGUCC